UCGGUUAUAUUUAUUCAGUAUAAAACUAUUCUAUCACAUUUUUUCAUCUCUAAAUAAACUGAAAUUAAAGGCUGGAUCUUGGAUCAGUGGGUGUAUUAUUUUCCUUUUACUUGCAUUGCGUUCAUGAAGUUGCCAGACAAAGCAGCCAAUCAGCUCAAUGAUUUUAUCCAACCGACCACAUUACGUCAGUUUAACGGACUGAAUCCGGCACCUUGUGUUGUUACACCGGGUAACCGAACCGGACACGAGGCGGUUGUUGAGUCGCAUUAACUUCUGCGACUCCGCUCACCAAUCUUGUCCCGUUGUAAUAAAUGGAGCCACACAGCAUUCAAUCGCUUCACCCUGAUAGCCAAUCAGCGCCUCUCUCUUGCAGUUUACUUGUGGUCCUGUCCAAUCAGCAGCUGGCAGCUCUUUGUUGUUGUUGGUGCUCAGGGCUGCGGCAGGACACGGACAGGCGCUGCGGUUUAUCCCGAACACAGUUGGUUUCUUCCCAGUUUUGGGUUCCUGACAGUCGGAAGCUGCCAUGUCGGUGAACAUGGAGGAACUGAGGCACCAGGUCAUGAUCAACCAGUUUGUUUUGACGGCGGGCUGCGCCGCCGACCAGGCGAAGCAGCUGCUGCAGGCGGCCCACUGGCAGUUCGAGACGGCUCUGAGCUCCUUCUUCCAGGAGGCCAACAUUCCCAGUCACCACCAGAUGACGUGUACCCCCAGAAACACUCCGGCCACGCCGCCCAACUUCCCCGACGCCAUCACCAUGUUCUCCAAGCUGCGGGCGUCAGAGUGCGGCCCCGGAGCCACCGGCCCCCCCCAUGUGUCCGUGGCCUGCUCCCCUCCGGCCUCCUCUUCCUCCUCGGGCUUCUCCUCCUUCUGGGCCUCAUCUCCUCCCAGCCACCAGCCGGCCUGGCUGCCCCCGUCCUCCCCCAAGGGUCACCACACGCACCACCACUUCCACCACCUUCAACAGGCUCCAAUGUGGCCCCCCGUCUCCCAACCCAGCAGUUCCCAGCAGCCAGCCGUCAUGUCAGCACUCCACAGCCAGAGAUGAGACCCGCGGGCCGGGCUGGACCAGGUGAUUGGGAUGGGGAGGGGACAGGGGGUGUUACUGAAUAAUCCGGACAUGGACAGCGCUGAAUGGAAAACGAGCAGCUCAAAUUUAUGUAACAUGUGGCCGGGUUGUGAGGAUUCUGACCGGCCACUGGACUCUGAGCCCAAGAGAAACCAGAACCCAACAGAGCACUUCCUGAGGAUCAGAGCCAUGUGGUCUGUUGCUUUUCUUCUGAAACUUUGAUGUUUAUGUCCGAAGUUCUGGAACAGGAAAUCAGCAGGAACCAACAGAUGGAGACAGGAAGUAGGACUGAAGGUCUCUGAGGAUCAGCUGGAGCUUCAUCUUCUCCUCCAGCCAGAACCAGGGAAACUGAACUCCAGCUGGGCAUUUCCUGGAGCAAGGUUUUCCUCAAACAUCUGAAAGGAAAAUGACUCCGUUUGAAAUCCAAAGAGUUCACAAUUAAUCUGAUUUAUCUCAAGAAUUAUAUUAUUUUUGUAUCUGAUUUAAAAUUGCUCAACUUUAAAAUCAUUAAAAACUGUUUUUUACAGAAGUUAGGAAAACACUAUUCUUUUUCUUUAGUGGACUUUACAGAACCAAAUCCAAUUUAACUGGACUGAUGGAAACUUUUCUGAUCACAGAACCUUGAAUGAGCUGUAAUUGGACCUGCCUGUUGGGACUGAUUAUUAAAUCCUGGAUCCAACUGUGGUCCGAGGCACGUGGCACUAAUUCAACACAGAUGGAAACAGUUUGCAUCCAGAUGUUUAGGGGAACCAUGAUGUGGGAAACACGUCUCCAGAUCCUGAAUGAAGACACGUCUCAUUAAACUGAUGAGAUCAAAUGUGAGAAAAUCGGAUCUGUGGAGAAGAAAUAGCUCAAACUAAGACCAUCAUCGGCUGGAGAUCCGGACGCGUUGCUGUUUGCAGGAUGAUGUUUCUUCUCGUCCUUUCAGACACUGAACCGCUCCUACCUCUGCAUGUCUAAAUGCAGCCCUGAAUGUUUCCCUGCUGCACACACACACACACACACACACACACACACACACACACACACACACACACCUUUCCUCCUCAGACAAUCAGCUGAUUUCUGUUGUUUCCGUUUCAUCGUCCUGGUUUGCUUGAUUUUCACUUCUGGCACAAAUGAGAACCAGAAUCUCAAACCGAACUCCUCUCUGAACGUUGGGAAUCUGCUCACCUUCUGAUUUGAGGCUAAAUUCAUAAAGCAAAGGUUUAGAUUCAAAAACAACUAAAAAAGUAUUUUCUUUGGUUACUUUAAAUGUCAUCAAGUCACAGAUAUUUAGUUCAAACAAUCUACUGCUGAAACGAGAAAGAAAAGUGGAAUGGUCCUUUAAAUGUGUGAAACCGGGCUGUUGGGUUCUACGGGUCAGUAAAUGUUUCUGACUUUAACCAGCUGAGCUCUCAGUCCGCAAGGUGAAUAUUUUGUGUUUUUAGUUCCAUCUAAACAAGUCGGGGCAGAACACCUGAACGCCCUCCUGCUUCUGAUGACAGGACCUUGUUGUUGCCAUGGAGACUCGGCUGCAGGUUUGUGUCGAAUUCCCAGCCGGAUCUUUUCCGAACAGUGAGAAGUUUACAGACCGGGAACAUUUACCUCUGAUUUAAGAGUCCUUUUAGUUUUUUACUUUGGAUCACAGCUCAUCUGAGUCUUCUGAGACUUGGAUUGUUGGAGUUUGUAUUUAUAUGUCAAAUAAAAGCUGUUCUGACCUGA